AAAAACCUCUCCUGUGUUUCUAUCCCCGACCUUUUCUUUUCCUGCCCCUUCUCUACCUUUCCCCAUAUCCUCUGCAAAACCCUAAAUCUUUCCGUUCCCCGAAACCCCAAUAUUAUUCACAAUCGGAUCUCUAUCAAAUUUUUCCGCAGAACUCAAAGCAUCUUUCCUAUUCUACGUCUUUCGGUUAUUCUUUAUCAUUUUCCUUCUUCUUAGGGUUUGUCGAAGAUGUCAAGUUCUUUGGACAUGUCUCUUGAUGACCUGAUAAAGAACAACAAGAAAUCUGGAGGGAGUAAUUUCAGAGGCAGAGGCAGAGGUUCAGGUCCCGGUCCGGCCCGUCGAGCUCCGAACCGCGGUGCUAAUCGAACGACCCCUUAUUCGAUGGGAAAGUCGGUUCAAGCUCCGGAUUCGGCGUGGCAACACGAUAUGUUCACAGAUCAGGCGGCGGCUUACCCGGCGCAGGCAUCCCGAGCGUCUGCAAUAGAAACCGGAACCAAGCUUUACAUUUCCAACUUAGAUUAUGGCGUAUCGAACGACGAUAUUAAGGAGCUCUUUUCAGAGGUCGGUGACCUGAAGCGAUAUACAAUCCAUUAUGAUAGGAGUGGAAGAUCAAAGGGGACAGCAGAGGUUGUAUUUUCACGGCGAGCUGAUGCUCUUGCUGCUGUGAAGAGAUACAACAAUGUUCAGCUUGAUGGGAAGCCAAUGAAAAUAGAGAUUGUGGGAACAAAUGUUACAACUCCAGCUGUUGCUCCAGCAGCUACAAAUGGCAAAUUUGGAAAUCCAAACAGCGUUCCCAGAAGUGGACAAGGAAGGGGUGGUGCUAUUGGACGGCCACGGGGCCGUGGAUUUGGGAGGGGCCGUGGACGGGGAAGAGGCCGUGCUGAGCAGAUAACUGCAGAAGAUCUUGAUGCUGAUUUGGAGAAGUACCAUUCAGAAGCAAUGCAAAUAAACUGAAGUCAAACUACUAUUCCUGUGGCUUCAUAAGUCUUCUGCUAUGCCAUUGUCAUGCUUGAUAAAUGCGUUCCUGACGUAUGUGUAUUUUAUCAACGUGCUACUCCCUCAAGGAAGAAAACACGUGGAAAACUGCUUGUGUCUGGUUUAUGGAGCUUGGCCCUUUAUUGUUAGUUGCUCCUUUGAUUUUGACAUGGUACAUGGGUUAAUGGACGGCUGCAGAGUGUACUGUGAUUUCCCUUUGUUUCAUUUGCUACUGCUUUAAUUCGUUUACUUGUUUCUACAUCCGGGGUACAUGGAGUUGGAACUGCUUCGCUCUUCAGGUGAUAGAAGCAAAUAACAAGAGCCAGCUGCAAUCAUGGGAAUCGAAGUGAAGCCAGAGCUUCAGAACUUGUAUUAUGUUUGGAGUUGCUCGCUGUCUACGAUUUAAGAAGGUAAGAUGUCGUUGAAAGUAGAUUUAUGAUUUCCUUUUAAAUUAUCUGAUAACAUCUUGUAACUGUUAAAAUCUUUGGCAGUUUUUUUUGGUGCUCUGUAAAUGAGGCAGUUUGUUGAAUUUUGGUAGUUUAUAGAUCGGUGGGUGUACAAUCUCCUUUACAUGCUAGUUCUGGGAUUCUUGGGAAAGCAUGUUAUGGAGAUUUCACAUCGACGUGAAAGGAUUUUUCUGAUUUUUUUUUUGUUGUAUUGGUAUGGGGCGUCUGGCGAUGAAACACUCCUCGCAGAUGAAUGUCGAGCUUUUUGGAACACUGAAUGAUUUCAUAGCGUUUGUGAACUCAUGCGGAAUGGUGAAUAUUACUGGUCAUAACAUGGAAGAAAUA